AUGAUUAUAAGUUGCUGGAAUGUUAGGGGGUUGAGAGGGGACGGAAAAUUGGGUAUGGUGAAAGCUUUGAAGCAGAAGUAUAAGUUGAACUUGCUAGGGUUGAUUGAAACUAAAAGAGUGGUGCUUACUAAAUAUGAUGUUGCAAGGCUGUGGGGUAAUGGGUCUGUUGGGUGGGAAUUUGUGGAGUCGAUAGGGUCGGUUGGGGGGCUUGUACUGAUGUGGGAUGAGGUAGAAUUUAAUGUACAACAUUGUCAUAAAGGUGAACGGUGGUUGUGUGUGGUAGGGGUGGUAACAAAGACUAACUUCAUUUGUGCUGUUUGUUUGGUGUAUGGAGCACAUGGGAGGGAGAAGAAGCGAGGGGUGUGGGAAGAAUUGAGCUAUAUUGCGGGUUUAUGUCAGGUCCCAUUUUGCUUUUUAGGGGACUUUAAUGAAAUUUUGCAAGUAGAGGAGCGACAAGGGGGGACUAGUUUGCCGGCGUCAGCGGAUGAGUUUCAGCGGUGGGUGCAUGAUAUGCAGCUGAUAGAUCUACCCCUUACUGAUAGAAAGUACACAUGGUUUCAGGGUAGGUCCUGCAGUCGAAUUGAUAGGGUGUUAGUUAGUGUUGAAUGGGCUGAGAAGUACCCGGACAUUCGGCUAAGAGGGGGUCCGCGGGGUUGUCUGAUCACUGUCCGUUGA